UUGUUAUUGUUUUUAGGUUAGGAAUGACAUGAUCUUUCUAUAACCUCCAAUUUUCGCAUUAGUGAGAAGUGAGGUACUUAAUUAAAAUUUUACUAUUGCAAUCGCCAUUCGCCAAAUCUACAGACAUUUAUGUUUGUUCAACUUAUUAUUUUAAAUUUUGUAACAUAGAAAAUGUUGUGGACAGUUAAUAUUCUUCAAUCAAUUUCAAAAUCAUCAGUACUUUGCAGAUUAGGUUCAAGAAGCAGUAGUUUAUUGAGGAACGUACAUCAUGUAAUCAAACAUAGAAGUAAUGUUCCUCUGAAUGCAAGAAGUUUCUACUCACCAAAGAAUUAUUCCAAUGGAGUAAAUAUUUUUCUCAGAUUGAGAAAUAAUUCAUUGAAGGCAUCGAUUUUAAUAUCUGGUUAUUAUGGGUACUCUAUGUUGAAAUAUGCGCCUGUGAUAACUGUUGAUUGUGCAGCAAAUAAAUUAGGUGAGCAAAACCAAAAUUUGCCACCUUUUGAUUGGAAAAAGUUUUUUGAGUUGAUAUGGCCAGAUGUUUGGAGCUUACUGGGAGCAAUUUUUGCUGCACUUGCAGCAGCUCUGAUGAACAUACAGAUACCAAUAUAUCUGGGAACUGUGAUAAAUGUCAUGACAAGGUACUUGGGAUCUGUGACUCCAGCCAACUUCAAUGCAGAAAUGCAGGGACCUGUAUUUAGCAUUCUAGGACUAUAUGUUGCACAGUCUGCGGCCACGUUUGUAUACAUCUACCUGCUCUCUAAUCUUGGGGAAAGACUAGCCACUCGCCUUAAAUGUGAGCUAUACUCCUCCAUCUUGCGCCAGGACCUUGCCUUCUUUGACCAGAAACGCACCGGUGACCUCGUAGACUGCAUCACAUCUGACGUUCAAGAAUUUAAAAGUGCCUUCAAGAUGGUAGUAUCUCAAGGACUUCGGAGUCUUACUCAGAUUGUGGGCUGUGUGGUGUCAAUGUACGUGUUGUCGCCCACUAUGACGAUGGGGAUGUUGGUAAUAGUGCCUACAGUAAUUGUUGGAGGCACCAUGGUGGGAGCUGUACUUCGCUCAGUGUCACGUGCUGCACAGCAGCAGUCAGCUGCCGUCACCACUGUCAGUGAGGAAACCAUCAGCAAUAUUCGUACUGUUCGAGCCUUUGCCAAUGAACAGCUGGAGCUCCAGCGGUUUCAGGGACAGGUAGAGAGAGCACAGACACUGUACCAGAAAUUGGGUGCUGGUAUUGCAUUGUUUCAGGCUGGGACAAACUUGUUCUUGAACGGUAUCGUGUUAGCCAGCUUGACAGUGGGAGGAUACUUGAUAGCGGCACAAGAGCUGGACGCUGGCAAACUGAUGUCAUUCCUAGUGGCCACCCAAACAAUUCAGCGUUCUCUUGCCCAGCUGUCCUUACUUUUUGGCAGCUAUGUGCGAGGUGUACAGGCUGGUGCCAGAGUAUUUCAGUUCAUUAACACAGAAGAGAAGAUACCGCUUACAGGAGGAAAAAUCAUCCCUGCUCAUUCUCUAGUAGCUGAUGUGGAGUUUGAAAAUGUAACAUUUGCCUAUCCUACCCGGCCGCAACAGGUAGUUCUAAAAGAUUUCAACUUAAAAUUGCCAGCUGGAAAGACAGUUGCCAUUGUUGGUACAUCAGGCAAUGGAAAGUCAACAAUAGCUGCUUUGUUGGAGAGAUUCUAUGAUGUGGAUGGCGGAACAAUACGAGUAGGAGGAGUGGAUGUCAGAGAGCUGGACCCCAGCUGGCUGCGAGGUCAGACCAUCGGAAUCAUCAAUCAGGAGCCUGUGUUGUUUGCCACCUCCAUCCUGGAGAACAUCCGCUACGGCCGGCCUCAAGCCACCGACCAGGAGGUGUACGAGGUGGCAAGACUAGCCAAUGCUGACCAGUUUAUCAGCCAGUUUCCUGAAGGCUACAACACUGUGCUAGGAGAGAGAGGAGUCACUGUAUCAGGAGGACAGAAACAGAGGAUAGCAAUCGCCCGAGCCUUGCUCAAGAAUCCUGCCAUUCUGAUUUUAGAUGAGGCCACCAGUGCCCUCGAUACAGAGUCUGAGAAGGUGGUCCAACACGCAUUGGAGCAGGCGAGUCGGAAUCGUACAGUGCUUGUGAUAGCACACCGUCUUAGUACAGUUCAACAUGCUGACAUCAUAGUUGUGCUUAGUGCUGGUCACAUAGUAGAGAUGGGAAAUCAUGAGAGUUUGAUCAAGAAGAAAGGCUAUUAUUGGAAUCUGAUGAACCAGCAGAGUUCAACCAACAGGUCCUCAGCAUAGAAACCAUGACAUUUUAUGGCAUUUGUUAAGUUUUUGGUUUUAACUGUAAAUAAUAAAGACUUUUAACUGUA